AUGACUACAAGCACAUCAAGAACGCCGGAGCCUCUCUGGAUUUUCGAGAAAGCGAUCCUUGCGCAUGCGCCUGAGUUCGACGUGGCAUGCGUCGCUCGACUGCGUAUAGCUCAUGACCACAACGACGAUCAGGGAUCCAUAUCGGUCAAAAUUAACGCGGCUCUCGACUGUGGGAAGCAGACUCUCAUGCUCAAUAUCUGUCCUGAAAAAGUUGACACUUGUACUGUAGUCGCGAAAAGCAAUGACAAGCUCAUACCAGAUCGUAUGUUCUCUAUGGUUCCUGUAUCCGUGACCAACUCAGCUGCGGUUUCAACGCUCAUCUUAUGCCUCAAUGCUACAGGUGUCGUCCUCGUACCACCGUCACUUGAUGGCACAACUCUUAGAUCGGCCGUUUCAGAUGCAGCCAGUGCCAGUCUCGAUGCCUUUGCAAAGAUCUGCCAGAGCAAGACCAUUCAUCUCCACCUUGCUAAGCAACAAUUCAAAGAUGGUGAUCUACAUCAGUUGCGUACGUUUUCUGGCGCUCUGCGUGCUCGUAUGCUCAAAGCACAGCCUUUGGACUACAAACGUCUCAAUGCUGGACAAGGCGCGAUAGAGCAAGACUGGCGUGUCUUCAAUCGUUCAACAAGUCCUCCGCCUUAUUGCGGUCCUGCAUCUGUGCAGCAAAGUGUGCUCGGAAAACGAUCUCGAAGUGCCGACUCGCCUUCACCAGCAUCAGCUAUGCCAUGCUCUCCUCCACCACCUCCCUGGUCUCCCACAGAAACUAACACCCCGACCACUUGCUCUCCAUCGCCCGCACAUAUAACCCCUACUCAGUUUACGAAAGACACGAAACAAAGUUACAGGCAGCGUAUGAAGCUAUGUGAGCUGCAAAGGCAACUGACUGGUCUGCCUGACGACCUAGUACGUGAAGCCCUCGCGGAAUCAGGGCAUCAACACUUGCUCGCACCAGCAACGUCAGCCGAUCCCAAGACGCCAACACAAGGCUCAAAUCCGGUGGAUGAUUCAGAUGCCGAAGACACUGCUCUGACUGCCAGAGUCGACAAAAUCAUCGAACAACGUCUGGGCAAACUAACCAAAGACGCCUUCAAAACGCUAACCCACCAACGCCUCCACUCACUCGUAGAAACUCAACUCCCUAUUGCAGCCGAGCUCUUCCUCAACGGCGCAGUUGCCUCCCACCGCGAUGCAUUCUACGAAGACUGCAAAGCCAAUGAACUCGCCGUGCGCGAGCAAAUCGACGAAGGCAUCACUGAGAUACGUGACGUGAGUAAUGAAUGUACCAAGGAGUUGGAAGAGUUAGGCAAACAGUGUGUAGACAGUUUGGAGCAACAUAGUAGAGGUUUGGAUGCCUCGGCUGAGCAUGAGUUGGAGGAGAUGAAGAGGUGGUUUGGAGAGUUGGCGAAGGGGUUUUUUGAGAAAAAGGAUUUUGAGCUUAGACUCCCUCCGAAAAAGGCUGUACUCGCCUAG